GAACAAACGACCGCAUCGGGGUGACGGCAUCUCGCCAUGCUCUCUCCGCUCGGCCCACGCCGCUCUCCGCUCGGCCCCCGCCGGUCUCCGCUCGGCGAACGCCGCUCUGUUGAAACAGUGGCUAAGAAGUCGUCUCUCGGCAACCGCCGCUCCCGCCAACGCGGCUCGACCGUCACCUCGGAGCUGCUCGAGACAGUGCAGCACGAGCUCCGGGUCGAGAAGGAGCGGCAGGACAAGGAGCUUUGCGCCUGGGGAAGAGGGCUCGACUGGCGCCCGUGGGAGGCGAUGGCCCCCGCGUCGGUCGAAUGCGGAGUGUUCUCGCUUGACCUCUGAACCGAACCAUCGUCCGGCAUCUGCUCGUCGUGGUGUGCCGCUGGUUUGUGACAGGACAUCGCGCUGCGAUGUGACUGAUGAUGGAGAUAGAAUGCAUGUUGUUGAGUCCAGGCAGUGACUGGUGGUGUCUCAGGAUGUGGAGUGAAGAUCCAUCCCACAUGCAAGAUCGUGUGUGUGUA